AUGGCACCCAAAACACAGAAGAGAGCAGCCGCCAAGUUCUACCAGGAGGAUAUCGUACGGCGCAAGGACGACUCGAAUACCUUUGGAGUGAUCUUGAGGUGCUGGCAGGAUGCAGAAGAGACACCGCCCGCGGGCGAUCACAUCGACCCGCUCAUGAGGCCUCUUGUGCAGGGCGAGGUCGGUGUGUCAUACUUCCCUAAACCUAUGCGAGAGAUCGUACCCGAAGACACGCUUGAGCUCGUGGACCGCUUGUACCAGCCGGGCGACCUUCUCAAGCGAAGCGUAGACGACGUGCGGUCCGGAGUGGUGACCAGGACACAUGUGAAGGGACGGCUCGAACAUGCGGUCAGUAGCUUCUCGCUCCCGGGCUGGAAGUCCAUGGAGGAGAUCGAAAGUGCGGUGGAGAUAGACAUGGGCGAAUAUGUCAUCUACAACGAUUGGGUCGGCCAGGUCGUGGAGAUGUUUGACGAGUCUCUGGUCGAGGUGCCUGGCGGUACCCUGGUGCGCUUGCCCGAACUCAGCGCACGGCUGGCAGUAGGAGAGAAGGGCCAGGACAUUCUGCCACAACCGAUGACAAGCGUAACAGGCAUCCUGGGAUUCCUGAUCGGCGGGACAAGACCUAGCGACCGAGAUACGGUGAUAAACGUGAAGCAUACUGUGCUCGCAAUUGCAUGGCUUGCGAUCAACCAGUCGCUCUCACCGGAGGACGCUCAGGGCAAGCCGCGUCCGCAACGCUAUUGGUACGGCGCCGAUCUUGGCAAGCUCACGACUAUCACGCGAAAGGCAGAGGAAGCUAUGCGCGUCGGCGAUCGUGUGAGGCUAAAGAACUCCAGGGAUGGUCCUGUAACAAGACACGGUAGACCUGCGGACGGCGGUAUUGAAGUCGACACGCUUGUCGUACAAGAGACGCGGACAUCUGUCGACGUGCUCUGGCAAGAUGGCACAAGAGAGACAAUGGACGUGAAGCAAACAGUACCCUAUCUCAAUCCCGACGAGUACGACUGCUGGCCUGGAGACCACGUCCUGUGGAAGACCGAGGACCACAAGCGCCAUGUAGUGGUGCAAUCCGUGAACGCUCAGGACCGAACCGCGUACGUCCGCGUAGUCGAGACUGGCGCCGUGGAGCUUGCCUCCGUACUCGAGCUGGACCCACACGGCUCGGCUGACUGGUCCCCGCUCGCGCCUGCAACCGACGGCCUCGGCGUGCGCCGCGGAGACUUCGUCUUCAUCCACCGCGAGGGCACGACCAACGGCGCGCGGGCGCCCAUGGUGCCCCGCAUCGGCGAAGUCGAGGAGUGGGUGCGCGAGGCUCCUGCACUUGGGCCGAACGGACAGAUUGGGGGAUGGCGAAGCGAGAUGACUGAGCUUGGCAGUCGUAUUGCGGAGCAGCGCGGUAAGGAGGGGAGUGUUGAGGAAGUGCCGCUGAAGCAGGCGCAGAAGGGUGACACCUCCCUCAACUGGUUUGGUGAAGUGCUCGAUCUACGCUUGGAUGGCACCAUAGAAGUCGUCUUGCCGAGCUCCGAUACCGUCGUCGUUCCUUUAGAGAGGCUCACGCGGCUCUACGACAGCGUAGAGCAGCUUGAGGAUCUGUGGGGCGACGACGAAGGGACGGUGGAAGACGAGGACGACGUCGAGGUGUGGGAGAUGGACCAGGACGGCCACUGGGUCGAGGGGACCAUGGAUGACGACGACGAUGAGUGGGAGUCCGCCGACGAAGAGCUCGACCCUGCAGACAGCAUGGACGUCGAGGGCGGCGAGUGGUCUCCCUCUACCGACACGGUCACGAUCCCACCGCCGGUAAACGGAGAGACAUUAAUGGCCGUCGACAGCGCGCUUCCGCCAGAACCGCAGCCGUCGGCCACCGCCAAGUCACCGUCGCCACACCCCUCAAAGGAAGCAGGCGACGUUGAAGAUGGACCGUGGAAACGCUUCGAGGUCCUACCCUCCGCGCCGGUUGACCAUGCGUUCUAUAACACGCCGCCUGCACAACAUACGCGGCAGUUUAUGGCGCGAAUGUCGAAGGAGUACAAGGCCUUACAGAGCAGCCUACCAGAUUCCAUCCUCGUGCGCGCAUAUGAGGAUCGGACGGACCUUCUGCGGUCUCUCAUCAUUGGCCCGGAGAAUACGCCAUACGAAGACGCGCCAUUCGUGAUCGACUGGAUGCUCGACGCCAACUUCCCGCAGACACCGCCCAUAGCGCACUUCCUGAGCUGGACGAACGGUAACGGCAGAGUAAACCCGAAUCUGUAUGAGGAGGGCAAGGUCUGCCUGUCGAUCCUCGGCACUUGGGCAGGCGAUAAGAGCGAGUCCUGGAGCGCAUCGCGAUCGUCGCUGCUCCAGGCUCUGGUGUCGAUCCAGGGCCUCGUGCUGGUCAAAGAACCAUGGUUCUGCGAGCCUGCCUACGAGAAGCUGCGAGGCACCGAAGACGGGAUCGUCAACAGUCGGCUGUACAACGAGAAGGCGUACGUGCUCUCGCGCGGGUUCGUGCGGCGUGCGCUCGAGAUCCCGCUCGGGGGGCUCGAGGAGGAGCUGCGGUGGUUCUACCACACGAGCGGGAAGCUGCGGAAAGUGCUGGGGGACGCGCGUGCGCUGAUCGCGAAGAGCACGGCUACGCAGGGUGACGCGGAGGUGCCCGAGGCGGACCGCGAGCGCGCGGUGCCGCGGCUCUCGAGUGGAGGCAUCAUUGCGCUCGAGCGGACGCUGGGGAAGCUGCAGGUACUGCAGGAUGCGCAGACGGCGACAGAAACGAACGCUGCGGACGACGCGAAGGGCGAGCGGUAGCGGCGGUAGGGCGGCGUGGUGCGCGGUGUGGUGUGGGUAGGUGGGUGGGUCGUAAUCUGUUCUUCGACUUCUUGGGCCUCAGAGACAUCCGCUACUACUAUUCGUUCACGCAGGGAAUCGCAAUCGAUGUAUUAGUCUAUCGUCCACG